UGGAGGCUCCCUGGGUCCUCCGCUCCGUUCCCUGCUUCCUCCGCAUCCCGAAGUUGCCAGCUUUGACCGGGAAGUGGUGCCGCCGCCAUUGUCGCGGCGGCCCCGGGGUCGGGGAGGCGGCCGUCGCCGCCGCUUAUGACUGGCGUGCCCCUGAUCAGAAUUAUUCUGAUCCGAAGAAUUUGGUGUUUAAAGCAUUAAGAUAAUAGCCUGAGUUGUUCAUGGAGUUUUUCAUCAGUAUGUCUGAAACCAUUAAAUACAAUGACGAUGAUCAUAAAACUCUGUUUCUGAAAACCCUAAACGAGCAGCGCCUGGAAGGAGAAUUUUGCGAUAUCGCGAUUGUGGUGGAGGAUGUCAAGUUCAGGGCGCACAGGUGUGUCCUUGCCGCCUGCAGCACCUACUUUAAAAAGCUUUUCAAGAAGCUUGAGGUCGAUAGCUCUUCAGUAAUAGAAAUAGAUUUUCUCCGUUCUGAUAUAUUUGAAGAGGUCCUGAAUUACAUGUACACGGCAAAGAUUUCUGUGAAAAAAGAAGAUGUUAACUUAAUGAUGUCAUCGGGUCAGAUUCUCGGUAUCCGAUUUUUGGAUAAACUCUGUUCUCAGAAGCGGGACGUAUCCAGUCCCGACGAAAAUAACGGCCAGUCCAAAAGCAAGUACUGCCUCAAGAUCAAUCGCCCCAUUGGAGAUGCCGCUGACACUCAGGAUGAUGACGUGGAGGAAAUCGGAGACCAAGACGACAGUCCCUCCGAUGACACGGUAGAAGGCACCCCCCCAAGUCAGGAGGACGGCAAGUCACCCACGACGACGCUCAGGGUCCAGGAAGCGAUCCUGAAAGAGCUGGGGAGUGAGGAGGUGCGGAAAGUCAAUUGCUAUGGCCAGGAAGUCGAAUCCAUGGAGACCCCCGAGUCCAAGGAUCUGGGAUCCCAGACCCCUCAAGCCUUAACAUUUAACGAUGGAAUGAGCGAAGUGAAGGAUGAACAGACCCAGGCUGGACCACAAGCUGCCAGCGACAUGAAGUUUGAGUACCUGCUGUACGGCCACCACCGGGAGCAGAUCGCUUGCCAGGCCUGCGGGAAGACGUUUUCGGACGAGGGCAGGCUGAGAAAGCACGAGAAGCUGCACACGGCCGACCGGCCCUUCGUCUGCGAGAUGUGCACCAAGGGCUUCACCACCCAGGCCCACCUGAAGGAGCACCUGAAGAUCCACACGGGCUACAAGCCCUACAGCUGCGAGGUGUGCGGCAAGUCGUUCAUCCGCGCCCCGGACUUGAAGAAGCACGAGCGGGUCCACAGCAACGAGCGGCCCUUCGCCUGCCACAUGUGCGACAAGGCCUUCAAACACAAGUCCCACCUCAAGGACCACGAGCGCAGGCAUCGGGGCGAGAAGCCCUUCGUGUGCGGCUCCUGCACCAAGGCCUUCGCCAAGGCGUCGGAUCUGAAACGGCACGAGAACAAUAUGCACAGCGAGCGGAAGCAGGUCACCCCCAGCGCCCUGCAGAGCGAGACGGAGCAGCUGCAGGCGGCGGCCAUGGCCGCGGAGGCCGAGCAGCAGCUGGAGACCAUCGCCUGCAGCUAGAGGCGGGGGACCGGGAUGCUCGGGGCCAGGGGUGCUCCGCCGGCAUCCUGCAUCCUGACCCAUGAACGCCAGCCGCUGCAUUUCGGUGGACAACUUACGGAGCAUUGUACUCGCUGGGACUUAAGGCAGUGCUUGGUUGGGUGUUUUGAAAACUUUUCAAGGAAAUACCGUUCCUUGGUUCUGACCAAACAGUUUCACUGUCCCGUCUGGUGUCUAGUAUUAAUGUUGCCAGUAAGCAUCCGCACCCCCGCCCCACUUUUUUAUGAUUUCUGAUUUUAAUUUUGAGAACUCUUGUGUCCAGUCAGAAGUGAGAGACUUCUGUUCCUUUUUAAAAUUCCUCUCUCCGCUUGCUGCACCGGGGAGCGCACUGCACAGAGUGAUAAUUGAAUGAAUUGAUUUCCUGAUCAUCACCGUUCUAUGUGACUUAGGGUUACAACAGCAUUUUUAAGAACUUUGGUAAAAGUACUUUGUGUCGAUGCAGAAAAUACGGGUGGGUGGUUGACCAAGAACCCUGCGUGCGCAGAUGUGAAAACAAGUUGUGGAAAUGCAAAAUGGUCUCAGAUUUAUAUACUUGGUUUGUUAAUUUUCUAUCACUGUUUUUCAUGGUUUUUGUGGACAAAUAAUGGUUGCUUUGCUGAAGUGUUUCUUCAUCCCUUUUGAUUGCCCACACCUGCCCCCCAAAGGUUUCAUCACACGUCCCGAAGGCAUGUUGGUGGUCUGAGGGCUGAGUUUUUUCAUUCCUCUUAUUUCGGGCAUUGCCACUCUGCAGCCGACGGGGUUUGUGGGAUGGACCAGUGAUGAGAGGGUUAGAAAAGGAGUAUAGGAACCUGACUCUCAGAGACAAGGCUUGCACAUUUGCCACAAUUCCAAGAUUUCCUAGAUCAAAUAAAUUCCUAAUUGAUUUUGAAAUUGGAUUUUUGUUGAGGAUCAAAAUUAGGACAAGAACAGGUAUGCCUCUUCGGAUACAUUGUGUAACUUAAAGAGUGUCAUCAAGCUUUUGGGCUCUCUGUAGCACAUGAUUAUCCAUAAAGGAGAUGCAGUGUCCUUCCUUAAAUCAAGACGUUUUAAAAUUUUUUAAGUGUGUAAAUAGUACAGAAGCAUUGGUCUUAUGUAUCUCAAGUACAAGUAGACAGCUGCACUUUUUUUGCACAUUGAUUAAAGUACUUCCAUCAGCAACAAACAUCAGUCUGUUUUUAACCAGUAUUAAAGAUUGUCAGACCAAAUGUUUAUGUUUUGAAGUAUAUUUCAUCACUGGUUACACUUUUAAGUGGAAGUUGACUGCCUUUUCAUAGCUGUAAAUGGAAUUAUAAGUGCUGUUCCAAUUCUGGUGUAUGAAACUUCUUUUUAAACAUUCUUUAGGAAUAUAUGAAAUACCAUCAAUAGUUUGAAUUAUGUUCUGUAAUAAAAUAUUAAUUAUUUUAGAAUGUACCAUUUUGAAAAAUGUCAAUUUUUAAAAUUUAUUUUGGUGCUAGGAUUUUUUUAAAGAUAUAUUAAUUUCAUUUCCUAGCUUGUUGCAUUAACACCUGUAAUUAUAAUUGUGAGAUAAAUUUUAUUUUUUAAAUUGGUGUAUAUGUUAUGCCCAAGGAUGUAGGAUGAAGAUGCUACCUUUUUAAGAAACUUAUUUAUUGGUAAAUGUUUAAUUUAGUUUAAAAUUAAUUUAUUUUUUUUCUUAAAAGUUGAUUAUUUCUCCUAAAAGUAGUCCUGUCACUGUGUUUAUAUACUAUUAGUAGAAAGGGAACCGAUUGCUGUCCUAGACUGUUUUAACCAAAGCAAAGGAAAAAAUAAUUUAACAUCUGUGGAUAGCUACUUCAGCAAAUCAUUUUUGGGGCCUUCGUUUUUGUAUAUAAAGAAAAUAUACUUCUGUCAUUCCUGUUUUCAUUUUUUCUUAGCAACCUGUCACAUACCCAGGUUUCUACUAAAGUGCAUUUUCUAUACUGUCUUCGUCCUGGUUUUACAGAAUUGCAAGUUCACCGUGUGGCAUUAACCCUCAUUGAAACCAACCUAAGCAUGGUGGUACCCAAAAAGAAAGCUUAAUAUUCAGCACUUUAUUUGCAUCAUUGUAAAUAUGUGUCAUUUGUCCUAUUUUGCAUGAGAAAUAUAUUUUGUGUUGUAAUUUC